AUGGCGGUGCAGUACUCAUGCAGGAACUGCCCCUGCCCCUCAAAAUGUCUGCACGUCCCUGGUCUUUACUACAGUAACUGUCACACCUGUGGAGGAUCCAUCAUCACUAACCAGUGGAUAGUUACAACUGCUCACUGUGUCCACAAUUACAGGCUACCUCAGGUGUCCAGUUGGUUGGUUUAUUCUGGUAUUGUUACCCGCAAUUCAGCUAAACUGGCUCAAUAUCAAGGCUUUUCUGUGGAGAGGAUCAUCCACAACAAGAAUUAUAACCACAGGACUCAUGACAAUGAUAUCGCUUUGGUCAAGUUAACAACUCCUUUGAAUUUCUCAGACACCAUUAGACCAGUUUACUGUUUACCACAGUAUAACCAAGAUCUACCUGGAGGAACCCAAUGCUGGAUCUCUGGUUGGGGAUAUACACAGCCCGAUGAUGUUCACAUACCAGAGGUUCUCAAAGAGGCACCUGUACCUUUAAUCAGCACAAAGAAAUGUAACAGCUCUUGCAUGUACAACGGUGAGAUCACAGCUCGAAUGAUCUGUGCAGGAUACACAGAAGGGAAAGUGGAUGCGUGUCAGGGGGACAGUGGAGGUCCUCUGGUUUGUCAGGAUGAGAACAUCUGGAGGCUUGUUGGUGUUGUUAGUUGGGGAACAGGCUGUGCUGAGCCAAACCAGCCUGGUGUUUACACUAAAGUGUCGGAGUAUUUAGAGUGGAUUUAUGAGAUUAUAGAGGUUGGUAGAUGAAGACUUCAUUAAAGAGCUUUUUAAAGUCAAACUGCUGUUACAUCAUUAAUGUUGAAGUCUCAAGUUGUGCUUUUACAUUCUGUUUCAGAGCAACUAAAUCUCCAGACCUUUUUUUGCUGAUUAUCCUGACUAUUUUUAAGAUAUGGUAUUAUAUUUUAUUU